AUGACAAAAAUGCAGCAGCCCCACGACCUGGAGAGUUCCUUCACAGUUUCAUUUGUUCACAAUGCAAAUCACCACAUCACCCGAGAGGAUGAUUUGGAUGGUAUGUACAUUCACAGGAUUCUCUAUCUGUGUACACUUGUCAGUACUGAUGACAUGUAUACGCUUCGCAAACAUCUUUCAUUCUCGUUUUCUGCUAAGCAAAUAACUGUUGUGCCAUUGGGCACACUUCUUCCCUGA